UGGAACGCAGAAUAAGCAACUCCCAGACUCAGCUACGCAGCCAAACUGGCCCGAUGGCAAGCUGCAGCCAACCCCAGCUCAGCAUCUGGAUGAAAUAAAGACCUGGCUGGGGGAGCCAAUUUUUGUGCAGUGUACUCAGAGGUGCAUAGCGUAAUGCCCAUGCUGUACUACACUCUGAUUAUAGCUUUUUUGAUCGGCACACAGGCAGCUCCCAAGUCAGAGGACAAUGCCCCACUGGAGUACCCUGCAGACCAUUCCCUGCUCAAUACCCACCAGAGUAACGGACACCACAUUCCCAAGGCAGCUCCACAGGCAUCCCACGGCCACUCUACGUGGACAAUAGGUAGAAGAGAAGCUGUAAAUAUCACCAUGGACCCAAAAUUUUUUAAGAAGAGGCGUUUCCGGUCUCCUCGGGUGCUGUUCAGCACACAGCCCCCCCCAGGGUCAGGGCAAGGACAGAGUAUGGGAUUCCUCAGCACGGCAGGUUCUCUCAACAGGACCGCCAGGACCAAGAGGACCGCGCAUCCCGUAUUACACCGGGGAGAGUUCUCAGUGUGCGACAGCGUCAGCAUGUGGGUCGGGGACAAAACCACAGCCACUGACAUUAAAGGCAAAGAGGUGACAGUGCUGGGAGAGGUCAACAUUAACAACAACAUUUUCAAGCAGUACUUUUUUGAGACCAAGUGCAGGGACCCUAAGCCAGUCUCCAGCGGGUGCCGAGGGAUCGAUGCAAAGCACUGGAACUCUUACUGCACCACAACACAUACCUUCGUCAAAGCACUGACAAUGGAGGGCAAGCAAGCAGCCUGGAGGUUUAUUCGGAUUGACACCGCCUGCAGGAAGUCAGGGAGACCCUGAGGUGGAUCCAAGCCCUGUGACAGCAUCCUCCCACCCCCUACCUCAGUCUGUAAAUUAUUUUAAGUUAUAAAGGACUGCAUGGUAUAUUUAUAGUUUAUACAGUACAGACCGAACCUCAUUAUUUAUUAAACUCUUUUGGAAACCU